AUGAAACACGUUGCAAGAAGCCAUCAUAUUCCAAACUCAACUUAUAUUUGGUCAUCAAGUAAUCCAAAAGUUGGAAAUACAUCCAUUGUUGAUGUCAAUUCUAAAGGUGUUAUUGGUAAAAAUAAUUUUGCUAGAUCUGUUGUCAAUGUUCAAGAACCAGACCAAAUUGUUUUUUCAUCAUCUCAAGUGGAGGUCGAAGUUGGUAAAAAAUUAGUACUCUCAACUAAAUUAUUAUCAAAGCAUUUACCAAAAGGAGUUUAUUUCGAAUCUUGCUCAAUUAAUAAUUUAGAAUGGAAAGUUAAAGAUGAUUCCAUUUUCAAAAUAUUACCACAUGAAAAGGUCGACCAACAAAAGAUAUCAAGUGACAUAUGUUCAUCUCGUGAAUUUUUGGCUCUAAAAGAAGGCUCAACUGUUAUUUCAGUUCAAUACAAUGGAAUGAGAGAAGAAAUUCGUAUUUUUGCUUCUCCACCAGCUGAUCAAAUAGAAUUUUUAUUAAGUUUAGGUUCAUCGGCCGAGGUUUCUUUCUGUGGUGGUAAAGAGACAUGGCUUUUACAAUCAAAGAUUUAUUCCAAAACUAUUUCAUCAGAUAAUAAAGAAAAAAACUCUCUCUCAAUCACUCCAGGUGAUAAUAAUUCAUUCAAAGUCACUUGUCAAAAACAAUCAAAUGAUCCACAAAAUGUUAUUGUAACUAUUAGAAACAAAAAGAGUAUUAGCAGCCCAUUACCAGAAGCCCGUUCAAUUAAAAUUCCAUUCUUUUGCCGUCAACCAUCAUAUGUUAAUAUUCAAUUUAUAAAAUUACCAACUGAAGAAGGUAAACAAAUUAUACAAUCAUCGAAUCCAAUACAUCAAGAUUCUAUUUUAUCAUUGAAAAAACAAAAACCAGGUGAAAUCACUAUUAUUAUGAAUUCUAUUGCUAAAUACGUAAAAGGUAGUACCAAUUAUCCAAUUAUAGUUGCAGGUUCCAUCUUUAUUGCCGCCUUUGCUAUUGGUCUUUAUGUAUAUAAAAAACAUAUGUUUAUUUAUAUAUCAAAUCUAAAUUUAUCACAAAUAUCAACCUCUUUAUUAGAAUCAUUCCGAUCUCCAUUUCCAUACUCUUUAGUAUCACCAAAUAGUUCACUAAAAUAA